CACAGCAUCAGGGUCGAGCAGUGCCACCACAACGAGCCAAAAUGGAGGUGCUGAGGAUGGUCAGGAAGGAGCUGCUGCCUCUGGAGACUCGACACAGAGCACCAGCAGCGCUCAGCAACCAGCUCCCAAAAUACAGGAUGAGGAAGGAGUUGCACCCAAGGUGAUCACUGGGGAAGAAGAGGCCGCUACAGUCACAGAGUCCUCAGCAUCUGCCAGCAAUGCAGCUAGUGAAGGGGGCGGAGCCACAGCAGUUAAACAGCCGGAGCAGGGAAACUCCAGUGAGGCAGGCAAUGAGGGGGAGGAAGAUGCCGAAAUCUGGCAGAGGAGGCAGAGUCUGCAAGCAUCAGGGAACUCAUCACAGGCUGAAGGGAUGGAAUUAACCAAUGACAUGAGGAGGGCAGCUGACGCAGCACAGGUUGCCACGGUAACAGAAGGAGAGACAGGAGCCAGUGCUCAAGUGAAUGGCCAUCAGCUAAUGCGAUCUCUUCCUUCAGUGCGUCAUGACAUCAGCCGCUAUCAGAGAGUGGACGAGCCUCUUCCGCCAAACUGGGAGGCUCGUAUUGACAGCCACGGCAGGAUUUUCUAUGUGGAUCAUGUGAAUAGAACCACCACCUGGCAGCGGCCCACUGCUCCACCUGCACCUCAGGUCCUACAGAGAUCCAACUCCAUUCAACAGAUGGAGCAGCUCAACCGAAGGUAUCAGAGUAUUCGGAGGACAAUAACCAAUGAGAGGACAGACGAACAGGCUGCAGAGAUGCCUACAGACGAAACCGACCUGCUGCAUCACUCCAUACCUGAGUACCGUUGGGACGGUGUGGUUGGGCCUACUAGCUCUCGCUCCCGCUUGUCUCUGCUGCUUCAGUCCCCCAGCGCCAAGUUUCUCACCAGCCCGGAUUUCUUUACCAUACUGCAUUCCAACCCUAGUGCCUACCGCAUGUUUACAAGUAACACAUGUCUAAAACACAUGAUCAGUAAAGUGCGACGGGACGCGCACCACUUUGAGCGCUACCAGCACAAUCGAGACCUGGUUGCCUUCCUCAACAUGUUCGCCAACAAACAGCUGGAUCUCCCGCGGGGCUGGGAAAUGAAACACGACCACACUGGAAAGCCUUUCUUUGUGGACCAUAACUGCAGGGCGACCACCUUCAUAGACCCACGACUGCCACUGCAGAGCGCCCGACCCAGCAGCAUCCUCGCCCACCGCCAGCACCUCAGCCGCCAGCGCAGCCACAGCGCAGGGGAGGUGAGCACACAACGCCUGGUGGGCGAUGACCCUCGGCAUGCUGGCCCCGCUGUACUGCCACGCCCCUCAAACACCUUCACAGCCAGUCGCAACCAGUGUCAAGAUUUAGUUCCUGUUGCCUAUAAUGAUAAAAUAGUGACAUUUUUGCGGCAGCCGAACAUAUUUGAGAUCCUUCAGGAGAGGCAGCCUGAGCUCAUUAGGAAUCACUCACUCAGGGAGAAGGUGCAGUUUAUUCGUAAUGAAGGAGUGUCAGGUUUAGCUCGCCUCUCCAGCGAUGCAGACUUGGUGAUUUUGCUCAGCUUGUUUGAAGAGGAAGUGAUGUCGUAUGUGCCACCUCAUGCCUUACUGCACCCCAGCUACUGUCAAUCACCACGAGGGUCUCCGGUCUCCUCCCCUCAGAACUCUCCUGGUACACAGCGAGCCAACGCACGGGCACCUGCACCGUACAAACGGGACUUUGAAGCCAAACUUCGGAAUUUCUAUCGCAAACUGGAGACUAAAGGCUACGGACAGGGCCCAGGCAAAGUGAAGUUGAUAAUCCGCAGAGAUCAUCUACUGGAGGAUGCAUUCAAUCAGAUCAUGUGCUACUCUCGCAAAGAUCUACAGAGAAGUAAACUCUAUGUCAGCUUUGUUGGAGAAGAAGGACUGGACUACAGUGGCCCCUCACGAGAGUUUUUCUUUCUGGUGUCACGAGAGCUUUUUAACCCGUACUAUGGUCUGUUUGAGUAUUCUGCAAAUGACACUUACACCGUCCAGAUCAGCCCCAUGUCUGCCUUCGUUGACAACCAUCAUGAGUGGUUUCGGUUUAGUGGCCGUAUUCUGGGUCUCGCUCUUAUCCAUCAAUACCUACUGGAUGCCUUCUUCACACGACCUUUCUACAAAGGCCUACUUCGAAUUCUGUGUGAUCUGAGUGAUCUGGAGUAUCUUGAUGAGGAGUUUCAUCAGAGUCUUCAGUGGAUGAAGGACAAUGACAUAGAGGACAUGCUGGACCUGACCUUCACGGUCAAUGAGGAAGUGUUCGGACAGAUCACAGAGCGCGAACUGAAGCCUGGCGGGGCAAAUAUCCCAGUGUCAGAGAAGAAUAAGAAAGAGUACAUCGAGCGCAUGGUGAAGUGGCGUAUAGAGCGGGGUGUCGUCCAACAGACGGAGAGUCUUGUGCGAGGCUUUUAUGAGGUUGUAGAUGCGCGGCUGGUGUCGGUGUUUGAUGCACGGGAGCUGGAGCUGGUGAUCGCUGGAACAGCGGAGAUUGAUCUGGGAGACUGGAGGAACAACACCGAGUACAGAGGAGGUUACCAUGACAACCACAUCGUGAUUCGCUGGUUCUGGGCAGCAGUGGAGCGAUUCAACAAUGAGCAGAGACUCAGGUUGCUCCAAUUUGUGACGGGGACGUCCAGUAUCCCAUACGAGGGCUUCGCCUCUCUAAGGGGCAGCAAUGGGCCACGACGCUUCUGUGUAGAGAAAUGGGGAAAAAUUACGUCUCUGCCCAGGUAA